AUGGAUAGUGGAACUAAAGAGUGGUGGAUGUUUGCCAAAUGGAGUGAUGAAUAUGAGCGGGGAGUAGAUGAAUAUGUACAAAAGGCUUUUGCUUUUAAGUCUCAAGGAAAUCAAAUUUGUUUUCCUUGUGAAAGUUGUCAUUAUCGUUUUUGGCGUCAUGAAAGUGUUGUGAGAGAUCACCUUAUUUGUAAUGGUUUUGUUCCUCGAACGGAUAAGUUAUCAGAGUUAGGGAUCAGCAUUAGCAUUGAAAGUGAACAAACUAUUUUGGAUAAUGAUGAAGGGUCAAACCCAAAUGAUUUUAAUGAUGACAUAGUAGGGUUGUUGCAUGAUGCACGUGAUGCUUUUACAAAUGAGCCAAAUGACGAGGCAAAAAAUUUUGUUAAGUUAGUUGAAGAGGGCCAGGAAGAAUUGUAUGUCGGUUGUAAAAAUCAUUCAAAACUUUCCUUCAUGAUCCGACUUUUUAUUUUGAAGUGUGAUCAUAAGCUAACUAAUGCUGCUUUUGGAGAUAUAUUGGAGCUUAUAAGGGAGGUGUUACCUGAUGCAAAACUGCCAACUACUUUUAAUGAAGCAAAAAGUGUUUUGAAAGUGAUGGGGUUGGAUUACACUAAGAUAGAUGCAUGCCCAAAUGAUUGCAUGAUAUACCGGGAAGAGCAUGAAAAUGCAACAAGCUGCCAUGUUUGUGAGACGCCAAGAUGGAAAUCAACUGACACAGAGAAUGACAUACAAAAUGAAAAUGGAAAGACGUAUAGGAUUCCUCAAAAGAUUCUUAGGUACUUUCCAAUAAAGAAAAGGCUUCAACGACUAUUUAUGUGUCAAGAGACGGCGAGAUACAUGACUUGGCAUGCUAAUGGGCGUGAAAAUGAUCAUCUUUUACAUCAUCCAGUUGAUGGUCAAGCUUGGAAGGAAUUUGAUUCUUUAUAUCCAAAGUUUGAUGAUGACCCACGCAAUGUGAGACUUGGGUUAGCUACAGAUGGAUUUAGCCCGUUCAACUCAAUGAGCAUUGUCCAUAGUACAUGGCCACUUAUGUUGAUUAAUUAUAACUUGCCUCUUUGGAUGAUUAUGAAGCCCGAGUAUUUGAUGAUAGCCUUACUAAUUCCCAGUCCGUCUUCCCCUGGAAAUGACAUUGACAUAUAUUUGCAGCCACUUAUCAAGGACUUAAAGGGUUUGUGGGAGUUUGGGUUGGAAACUUAUGAUGCUUCGACUAAUCAAAGGUUUGACAUGCAUGUAGCAUUGAUGACUACCGUGAGUGAUUUUCCGGGUUAUGCAAUGUUGUUUGGGUGGAGCACAAAAGGAUACUUGGCAUGCCCUGAAUGUCAUUACGAAGCAGAUUCCGAGUGGUUUCCUUGUAGUGGUAAGAAUGUGUAUAGGUCAAAUCGUAAAUUUUUGGAUCCAUCUCACCCUUGGCGUCAUGAUAAGAGGAAUUUUGACGGAAAACUUGAGGAAAGAUGUCAACCUAUUCCAUUGAAUGGAAUUGAUAUUGAGAAUAUGUUGUGUGAUUUUCCAAAUGCAUUUGGAAAGAAGCAAAAGAAACCAAGGCGUGAUGUGGAUGAUCCGACUCCGUGGAGAAAGAAACCCAUAUUUUUUGAGUUGCCAUAUUGGAAGCAUUGCUCUAAUCGCCAUAAUCUUGAUGUAAUGCAUAUUGAGAAAAAUGUCUUUGAUAAUGUCAUUGCGACGUUAUUAGACAUUUCUCAGAAGACCAAGGAUAAUGUGAGUGCUCGUCGAGAUUUGGUAGAACUUAAUCUGAUGCCAGAGCUCCAACCAAUAGAAUUAGAAGAUGGUAGUGAAGAAUUUCCAAGAUCUCGCUUUUGGAUGUCAUUGGAGCAAAAGCGUAAGUUCUGCCAGGUUAGAAAAAAUGCUAAGCUUUCUCAAGGUUAUGCUUCCAACCUUAGUCGUUGUGUGCAAGUUGGAGAAAGGAAAAUAGCAGGCUACAAAAGCCACGAUGCUCAUUUUAUGAUGAAUUAUCUUCUUCCAAUUGCUGUGAAGACAACAUUACUCAAAGAUGUUGCUAGUCCUUUGAUAAGACUUUGUGCUUUUUUCAAAGGUAUAUGGAGUAAAACUAUUGAUCCUCGAGGUCUUGGAAAAUUGCAAUCUGAGAUAGUUGAAACUCUAUGCCUACUUGAGAGGAUUUUUCCACCUGCUUUUUUUUAUAUAAUGGAACAUUUACCCAUACACUUAGUAGACCAAAUUAAGUUGGGUGGACCUGUGAGUUCAAGGUGUAUGUAUGAAUUGAGAAGAAUCUUCAUGAAAUGA